AUUCGACGGCGAUGACGUAGCAGGAUUCUGAGGGGUUGAAUAACAACCGGUUUAUUCCGCUUAGCAACCAGUCGUCUGUGGUGGAUCUUCGGUGACGGUUAAAUCGCAGAAAGUCCAAGUUUUACUUCUUUUGACGGAUUAACACUGUUUAUUAAGGUUCUACAAUGAGGGCUGAAGCUAAGCUGCAAGACCAGCAGUGUCAAGUUAGUGAGGGAAUGCGUCUCAUUUUCAACCAGGAAUCCUCCCUGACGGACAGAUCUUCACGAUCAAGAAGUCGCAGCAGUAGCAGCAGUGAUGGUUCUUACUCCAGCAGUGAUAAAAGCAGAUCUCGCUCUGUGUCGCGGAGAUCACGGAGGCCACGACACAGCUCACGCUGCACUUCACCGUCAAGCAGCAGCCCCUGUUCUCGUUCUCGUCCACGCUGCUGCCGAGCUUCAGGUCGUUCCUGUUGUCGGCUUCGCAGCCGAUCUCGCUCUAACAGACCCUAUCCUAGGCACUCAUCCCGUUUCGGGCGAAGAAGAUACUCGCGCUCCAUCAGCCGAUCUUCUUCCCGAGAACGUUAUUACAGGAGGUCAAGGACUUCCCGCUUUCGCUCUCCAAGCUAUAGGAGAAGAGCCCCCUCGCCCUUGAGGAGAUCCUACAGCCCCAGGCCGAACUCUCCGGAACGUUCUUUGCAUCUUACUCAGAAAGACAAAAUGGAACUUCUUAACAUUGCCAGAGAGAAUGCAGCAAAGAUUCUGGGAGUAGAAGCAGUGAAGCUGCCUGCUAGUGUGAGGUGUUUCAAGGAACAAAUGAAAAAGACGAUAGCACCCGACACGGAGAAAAGGGUGAGAGCCGACCCGGUGGCAGUGAAUAAACCAUCACAGGAUGAAGGUGAGGCAAACGAAAAUGUUUCUAGAACGUCUCCUUCAAGGAAACCGAUUACCUUCAGUAUCAGUAACGUUGUCGCCAAGCCGCCCAGCAGCCCAACGCAUCACGUUACAGAGAGUAAGGUAACAUCCAGAGCAGACAGAAUUGGGAACAGAAUGCCAUAUGGAAGGUGGAUCCCUGUCAAGACAGUUUCCACUAAAAAGCGCUGAUCCUCUAGCAGUGGAGUUUAGUGUUGUAUAAUACUGUAUAUACUCUACAUUUUUUUAGGGGGGUAAAAAUACUGGAUUCAUAAGCCAUUUUUUGUUUCAGAUAUAAAGUGUUCAGAUAUAAUUAAGUUGGAAGAAGGCAAGAGGAUAUCGAAAGGUGGGAGGAUUUGUAUGUAACUUUCUUAAGCUGUAUAUAGUUUUAAUAAAGAUUCUAAAGUGAUGUGAUGUAAAAAUAAAAAAACUACAAAUUAAACAUAAAACUCUUCAAAGA